AGUCGAAUAUGACUCUUCUUCCGCCAAUGGCGGAACGUUCAUCAUCAUCGGGUGUGUCAGUUAGAGGUUACCGACAGACAUUCGCAGGCGGGAAUAUGCAACGGCAGCUACGGAGCGAGCGGAGAAGAGCGGAGUGGAUUGACUCAAUUACUUACAGAUAAUGUUCGGUCUGGAUCUUGUGCAAAUUUUUACCACUUCCUUUCACAUUGUGAGCACCAUGAGACCAAAAAAUGUCGAUCGUCAAACGAGUGGUUGCUUCGGAGGCUUCAAACUGCGGUCUUUCGUUAGCGGAAAGCAGAAACAAGGAAACGAAAAAUUACCAGCUUCGAGGGAAGGAGAUGAGAAGGUUCUGGCACCUUCUCGCGACUUUGACUUUGGCAUACCGUCUGAAUGGGGUUUAUCCCUCGAACAGUCAUCAUUUGACUCUUCCCUUCCUCCUUACACUACACUUGUGGAUGCGAGCAAAUCCUCCGCGGCAGAACAAACGAUCAGCAGGGUCUUAGAUGAACUUGAGUCUGAAUUGCAUGAAUUGAGCAUGAAAAUACAUGACCAUCCAGAGAUCGCUUUUCAAGAAAGAUACGCGCGAGACACACUAACAGCAUUCAUGCACCGCCAUAAAUUUCAUGUUACUUCCGGAUAUCUCGGUUUGGAAACAGCUUGGCGGGCUGAAUAUUCUUAUGGGAGAGGUGGGAAGGUCAUUGGCAUUAAUUCAGAAAUGGACGCACUGAAAGGAAUUGGACAUGCAUGCGGUCACAACCUCAUCGCUGCAAGCGGCUGUGGAAUCGCAGUCGCGUUGAAGGUUGCAUUGGAGACUCAUGAUAUUCCUGGAAAAAUAAUUCUCUUAGGAACGCCAGCGGAGGAGGGCGGGGGAGGAAAGAUCAUCCUUCUCCAAAGAGGGGGGUACGAUGAAAUGGACUUCUGUCUGAUGUCACAUCCAGGACCAGGACCCCUGAAUUCCUUCGACAUCGGCUCGACGACGGCUGUUCUAACUUUCGAAGUUGAAUAUCUUGGGAAAGGCGCCCACGCUGGGGCAGCACCAUGGGAAGGUAUCAAUGCACUGGAUGCAGCGUUUCUUGCCUAUUCUAGCCUGUCCGUCCUUCGGCAGCAGAUGAAACCAACUCAUCGGUCGCAUGGUAUCGUUCAAGGACAAGACUGGAUCUCCAAUGUAAUUCCGGACAACGCAAGAUUGCGCUGGCAGGUGAGGGCCCCCACUUACGAUGAACUGGUCGUACUUGCAGAGAGAGUCCGUAAAUGUUUCGAAGCAGCGGCUCUAGCAACAGGCUGCACAGUGAAAAUCGAUCAAGACUCGAAGUUGCCGUAUUACGAGCUGAAGAAUAAUCCUAUCCUUGCGAGGAUAUUUAGUGGAAUUGUCCGGACCCAGUAUGGGCACUCUGUGCGCACGAAUGGCUCCGCAGCUUCCACGGACUUUGGCAAUGUCAGUUAUCACUUGCCAGCUCUGCACCCAUUGUAUUCUAUACCCACAGAACCUCAUGGAGGUAAUCAUACCCCAGCCUUCACAAAAGCCUCAGCAACAAAAGAAGCCCACGCCGCCAACAUGAUUGCUACUCGAGGCUUAGCAAUAACUGGACUCCGUGUGAUCCAAGAUGAUGAACUUUUCCGAGAGAUGCAAGCUACAUCAGCUUGCCACUCUGCACUUUGAAUAUUGGACACUCCGUUUACUUUCAUACUUGGUUUUACGAGGGCGUCCAAAGGGG